AUGAAGUCCCUGCUCUUCAGCCGCUUCUUGCUGCUGCUGCCCUGGGUGCUCAUUGUUAUCAUCGUGCUGGACAUCGACAGUAGCCGGGCGCCGCUGCCCGCCCUGGCGCCCCGCGGCGGCGGUGGCAUCGGCGGGUCCCGUCCGGCGGCGGGACGGCUGCCCCCUGAGCGGCGGGGGCCCGAGGCGGCGCUGCCCACCAUCUAUGCCAUCACGCCCACCUACAGCCGCCCGGUGCAGAAGGCCGAGCUCACCCGCCUGGCCAACACCUUCCGGCAGGUGGCGCGGCUCCACUGGAUCCUGGUGGAAGACGCGGCGACGCGCAGCGAACUGGUGAGCCGCUUCGUGGCGGCCGCCGGCCUGCCCUGCACACACCUACACGUCCCCACGCCCCGCCGGUACAAGCGGCCGGGGCUGCCCCGAGCUACCGAGCAGCGCAACGCCGGCCUGGCAUGGCUGCGUCAGAGGCACCAGCACCUGCCGCCCCCGCAGCCCGGGGUGCUCUUUUUCGCCGACGACGACAACACCUACAGUCUGGAGCUGUUCCAGGAGAUGCGUACAACGCGGAAAGUCUCCGUCUGGCCUGUGGGACUGGUGGGAGGACGACGCUACGAGCGGCCGGUCGUGGAGAACGGCAAAGUGGUGGGCUGGUACACUGGCUGGAGAGCUGACAGGCCCUUUGCUAUUGACAUGGCAGGAUUCGCCGUGAGCCUUCAGGUGAUUCUGUCACAUCCCAAGGCCGUCUUCAAGCGCCGUGGUUCUCAACCAGGAAUGCAAGAAUCUGACUUUCUGAAACAGAUAACAACAGUGGAGGAGCUGGAGCCAAAAGCCAACAACUGCACCAAGGUCCUUGUGUGGCACACUCGGACAGAGAAAGUCAAUCUAGCUAAUGAGCCAAAAUACCACCUGGACACAGUCAACAUUGAGGUAUGA